CUUAAAACUGAAACAACACUGACGAAUAACAAUCUGGAAGGUUUUUAGAUAACAAUAAGCUUAUGUAUUUCUGAGUAGUGCAAAGACGAAAGUGAAACAGUUGCUACUCUCAGACAUAAAAAGAAGUGCAAUGGCCGAAUUUUUACCAACUUCACCAAGACAGAACUGGAGACAACGUAUGGAUAAACCACCAGCUCUGUCAUCCUCCACUGGUCCUCUAGCUGAGGAGCUUCAGUGCUUUAUAUGUCUGGAUGUGUUCACUGAUCCAGUCAGCACUUCAUGUGGACACAACUUCUGUAAGAGCUGCUUGAACCAGUGCUGGAACAGCAGUCUGGAGUGCAAGUGUCCAUACUGUAAAGAAACAUUCAGUAAAAGACCCAACCUCAAGACCAACACAGCACUUAGAGAGGUUGCACAAAUAUUUGAGAAAAAGUUGAGUCUGAGAAACUUUGUUCUCUGUGAUAUUUGCAACGACGUAAAGCUGAAAGCCCUGAAGUCCUGUCUGGUGUGUCAGACCUCGUACUGUGAAACCCAUCUGGAGCCUCAUCAGAGAGUCCUGAGCUUAAAGAAACACAAACUGAUGGACCCUGUGGGGAAUAUAAAGGACUAUAUAUGCCAGAAACACGAGAGACCUCUGGAGCUGUUCUGUAGAGAUGAUCAGACGUAUGUGUGUGUGUUUUGCACUGAUGGAGACCACAAGACUCACAACACUGUUCCUCUAGAGGUGGAGAGUAAAAAUAUGAAGGCUCAGCUGGCGAAGACACAGAAAGACAUGCAGCAAAUGAUGCAGGACAGAAUUAGGAAGAUUCUAGACAUCAAACACACAGCAGAACUCAGAAAAAAAAGCACAGAGCGAAAGAAAGCAGCCAGUUUUGAGCUCUUCAGCGAUCUGAUGCGCUCCAUUGAGAGAUGUCAGGCCGAGCUGCUGGAGAUGAUGGAGGAGAAGCAGAAAGCAGCAGAGACACAUGAUGAAGAGCUCAUUCAAGAGCUGCAGCAGGAACUCACUGAGCUCAAGAUGAGAAACACUGAGCUGGAUCGUCUCUUACACACUGAGGAUCACCUCCAGCUCCUACAGAUCGAUCCAUCCCUGUACAGUCCUCCACACACCAGGAGCUGGCCUGAGAUCAGUUUGAACACUGAUGUGAGUGUGGAGACUCUGAGGAGAGCUCUGACUCAACUUCAGGAAACUCUAGACGAGAAACUCAGUCAAACUGUUAUGAAGUGGAUGCAGCAUCAUGCAGUGGAUGUGACUCUGGAUCCUGAUACAGCUCAUCCAUAUCUCAUCCUGUCUGAUGAUGGGAAACAAGUGAGACAUGGAGACAUUAAACAGAAGCUCCCAAACAACCCAGAGAGGUUUGAUUACAGUGCCUCUGUCCUAGGAAAAGAGGGAUUCUCCUCAGGGAGAUAUUAUUUUGAGGUUCAAGUGAAAGGAAAGACGGGCUGGACUUUAGGAGUGGCCAGAGAAUCUAUUAACAGGAAGGGGCCGAUCGCAAUGCGCCCUCAGUGUGGAUGCUGGGCAAUUUGGCUGAGGAAUGGGAAUGAAUAUUGGGCUUGUGCUGGUCCUCUUGUCUCUCUGUCUCUGAGAGUGAAGCCGCAGAAGGUGGGGGUGUUUGUGGAUUAUGAAGAGGGUCUGGUCUCCUUCUAUGAUGUGGAGUCCAGAUCUCAUAUUUACUCUUUCACUGGUCAGUCUUUCACUGAUGUACUCUAUCCAUAUUUUUGUCCCUUUCCUAAUGAUAAAGAUAAAAAUUCAGCACCGCUGAUCAUCUCACCUGUUAAUUAUAAUGAAUGAAUGUACAACCCAGAUAUGAUAUUUCAAGGAAAAUGAAGCAUAGACAUGUUAAUCUAAAAAAAUAUAUAUAUAUAAAAAAUGGGUCCUAUAUAUUGAACAUCUUUUAACUUGAGUGCCUUGUUGAUAAAAUAACAUAUUUUGUGUAAAACGCAACAAGAACAUAAGCGCAACUAUAAAAUAAGCAUGUUUUAUAUAAAAAUACUUUCUAGCACAAAACAAGUUCUUUGUGAAUGGGCCCUAUUACUUCUUUGGCUCUGUUUAGAACCAUUUCUGUUGGUGGAGGCUUUGGGCAGUGCAAAAUAAAUAGAUUGACUACACUUUAUCUGUCAAGAUCAGGUCAAUAAACUUCCAUUAAUUCACCACCAGAGUUCAUCAUCCACAAUACAGACUCUCACGCUACACAGUACACCCUGGACUACAUUUCCCAUGCCCCAUUGCACCAAUAAUAUCACAUUCACCUGAUAACAAGUGAACACACAGCUGCCACCAUUUACACACACACACACACACACACACACACACACACACACAGCACAAUCAUUAGACACGCUUUAUAAACAUUGCACUUCCUCUCACACAUGGCCGAGUAUUGUUCUGCGUAUAUCCCUCUCCUAGUGAUAGCUGUGAUACAAAAGCCUUUCCGUGUUAGUUCUCUUAGACUUUUAUUAGUUUCUAGUUUUUGUAGUCUUGUUUCAAUUCCUUGUUUUCAUAGUCUUGUCUCUGUUUCUAAUUUUCAUAGUCUUGUUUCAGUUUCUAUUUUUCAUAGUUUAAUCUUUUUCUUGCCUUGCUGUUACUCGUGUUUUGACCCUUUUGCUCAGGAUAAUGGUUUACCCCUGGAUAAGCCCUCUGGAUAUUGUUUGCUUAUUCUUAUUCUUAGUUCUAUUUUAUUUUAUUCUCUAUUAUGUUUGUAUUAUGUGUAUUGUCCCUGCUGUACGUGUGCAUGUGAAACGCAAGCGACAAUAUUUCCCUAGGGGGAUAAUAAAGUAAAUCAAGUCUCUGUCCAGUAAAA